AUGCGGCGCGCUCUUGAGGCGCUUCGUGUACGGCAGCGUGCGCUCGAACAGAUGCCAGCGCGCGGCGUCCCAGCGCUGCAGCAGUUUGCGGCCGCCCGAGGUGGCGUGCUUGCGCUCGGCUGCGCGAGUGGCCGCGUCCUCGCUGUUCGUGAUGUGCCUUCAACACAGUGGAAAAGAGAGUGA